AUGUUAUUUAAAUUGUUGUUGGUUGAGGUACACAUAUUCUAUAACAAAACAAUUGUAGGGAUCGAGCCAUAUGUGACGUUGUACCAUUGGGACCUUCCUCAGGCACUCCAUGACCGAUACCUCGGUUGGCUAAACCCACAAAUCAUAAAUGAUUUUGCAGCCUAUGCAGAGGUUUGUUUCCAGAGAUUUGGAGAUAGAGUGAAACACUGGAUCACAUUCAACGAGCCACACACUUUCGCUAUACAAGGCUACGACGUUGGUCUACAAGCUCCAGGCCGUUGCUCUAUUCUUUUUAAGCUCCCUUGUCGCUCAGGAAACUCAUCUACCGAGCCUUACAUCGUUGGUCACAAUGUUCUUCUCACUCACGCCACCGUAUCCGAUAUCUACAGGAAAAAGUAUAAGGCAAAGCAAGGAGGUUCACUAGGGAUAGCGUUUGAUGUAAUGUGGUAUGAACCGGAGUCAAACAAGACAGAGGACAUUGAAGCUGCACAAAGAGCUCAAGACUUUCAACUUGGAUGGUUUUUGGAUCCGUUGAUGCUUGGGGACUACCCGAGUUCGAUGAGAAGCAGAGUUGGUAGCAGAUUGCCAGUGUUCACAGGAUCUCAAUCUGCUCUGAUGAAGGGUUCACUAGACUUUGUAGGGAUUAAUCAUUACACAACGUACUACGCAAGGAACAAUGACACCAAUCUCAUAGGCACUCUCCUACACGAUGCCCUUUCUGAUUCUGGAACCGUCACUCUACCGUUUAAGGGUUUGAACGCAAUUGGAGAUCGAGCUAGUUCGAUAUGGUUGUACAUAGUGCCUAGAGGGAUGAGAAGCUUGAUGAACUACGUCAAGCAACGAUAUGGAAACCCACCAGUAUUUAUCACUGAAAAUGGAAUGGACGAUUCAAACAACAUUCUGAUCUCAAGAGAAGCAGCUCUCAAAGAUGCAAAGAGAAUCAAGUACCAUCAUGACUAUCUUGCGAGCUUACAAGCUGCGAUUAAAGAGGAUGGAUGCAAUGUGAAAGGGUACUUUGUGUGGUCACUGUUGGAUAAUUGGGAAUGGGCGGCUGGUUACAGUUCAAGAUUUGGCCUCUACUUCGUUGAUUAUAGAGACAAGCUCAAGAGAUACCCUAAGGACUCUGUUCGUUGGUUUACUUCUUUCUUGAACUCCACUUCUUGA